AUGGACAUGUCGAAUCUCGAGCUCCUUGAUGGUCCUUGGCACUUUUCUCGAGAGAUCUCGAACGGAAACAGUUCAUGGUACUGUCAGACUAGUCAAUUACCACGACCUACUCCCCCAUAUGUUGCAGGCAUCAAAGUCGAACGAUAUUUGAAGAAUGAUACUUGCAGUAGUAUACAAGUUCCUCCAUUUGAAAGGAGCGAGACACUACAAGGAGAUUCUAUGGAAUCGCGUUCUACCAACAUGGCCGUCAUGCUCCCCAUGGAUACUUCUACGGCCCUUGCUUGGACACCAUCUCCACAAUUUUUCACUUCCUCUCCUCUUGUGGAAUCUUGGGCAUCUUCCCUAUUUUCUGAUCCACCCCAACCUGUGUCCACCGUCUUUGCAACUAACGAGACGUCAACGACGCAAUUGGACGACAUAGGUGGUUUGAAGAUGCACUUCUCUGAGCAAGAGGACUUUGUAACCCCUCGGGAUAAACUUUCGGCUCCCAUACCUGACGAACUUGUCCACGCCCCCACCUCGCAUUCUAUCCCUAUGCCACUCCGUCGACGGGUAGACACCCACUCUGAUUCAGCGACAACGUUCAAGCAUUCGAGAUGGACACCCUAUCCUACGUCGUCAUCUGCUGUUAUUGCUCCGUGGGCUUAUGAAUUCCCUGGUGGAGAUCUCAAUCGGAACCUCCGUUCUUGGGACCUCAGAUCCGACAAUAAUAGUCACUCCACUAUCCAUGUUCCUUCUAGUUCCCAAUGCCAAGACGAUUCUUUGACUAUAAAAGCCAUUCGAGGUGAUUAUCACCCCACGGAAGCACUGCUCCAUCCCCCAACCACCAGCAGAGCAGAACCCCCACCCAAAUCAACGACCCAAGACCCAGAUGAGGCUCAAUAUCCAGUUUCCACUCAGUCUACCAGCCGAGGCAUGUCAGAUGAAUGCCCUACCCGCAACGCAUCAACAUACGCAAACAAUGACAUUGUCGACAGUCUGUCUUUCAUGGUUGCGGGAUCCUUCAACUCUUUUGAAGGUUUUGCAGAAUUAUUGAAUCCCAAAAGUCAAUCCCUCCCUCCACCCUCUGUAUUUUCAAGCUUGACAGGGAGCUCGGAAUCGAGGCUGGUCACACCAAAGCCUGCAUCAACCACAAAAUCAAACAAUUUGGAUUUAGAUGGAAUAGAAAAGCCAAAAUCUACAUAUGAGUCAUUACUGAAGCAAGCGCUAGAGUCUAAGCCGGACAAGACUAUGGCCCUUGCGGAGAUUUAUGAAUGGAUAGAGCUGAAAUAUCCAUAUUUCGGAUUUCCCAAGAACGGUGGCUAUAAGCACGCAUCUCUUGGACGUAACAAUUCAUCAAUGAAUUUAAUGGACACCGAGUCGCUUUCAAUUUCAGCAUCUUUGCUUCAAGUGCCUGUCUACCGACGACGAUCCAUUUUGGCCGCCACAAGGAAGCAUGUCACUGAUGGUCCUGUUAAUGAAUCUAACGCACCCAUGAAUUCAGACUCUCAAGACCCAGACUAUGAGCCUAGUGUGUCCAACGUGACUCUCCCUCGCUUAAUAAUCCAACGACCAGCCGCCGUGCGGUCUAUCGGUAGCUAUCCCACACCAAAUUCAUCGGCAAUUGACCUCAAUCCAACGUAUGCUUACAAUGAGCCUCGUAAUGUCGAAACGUAUCAUGGAUAUAUUCGUACAACGCAAGAUGCCUUGUUGCUUAUUGAGGCAUGUCGAGUGGGCAAGCUCAAACGCGUUCCCCGUCGAUUGACCGAGUCAGAGAGAUCUACAAACAUCAAGUCUGGAGCGGUGUUCAUUUGGAAUGAAGAAGAAUCUGGUAUAAAACGGUGGACUGAUGGCAUAAAGUGGACUGCUUCACGUAUUAGUGGAUCCUUUUUGGUAUAUCGAGAACUAAGUGUUAAAUACAACGGUCCCAAGGGCACUCGUCAACCACCAGCUAUCAAGGAAGGUGGACUUAUCAAGAGAGCAAUUUCUGUAACGGCUAGCGAUGGUCGCAAGCACCACUUGGUAUCUUAUUACACUGCAGGAGAGCUUAAAUCAAACUCUCUUGUCUAUCCCAGCGAUGACCCCACGUUGUCAUCUGUAGUAGUUGCUACGGAUCUCUACCCCGAAUUCACCGCCCACACGCCACCAGUAGAGACACUCACGCCACGUACCGAGCUGUCACCAGUAGAUCCACGUGGCCAGGAUCCAUCCACGAACAGAACCAUGAUGAACCUCUCGGGACGUAGAACAAGUGAGGCGAUCAGCACUCAAGAUCAUCGUGGUGUCGGGCCCAUACGCCGUCAGAUGCACCCUGUGAGAUCAGCUCCAUACAAUUAUGCACCACCAAGUCCCGUUUACUCUAGUGCUGCUGCCGCUUACUCUGCUCCUUCUGCCUACUCCAGUUCGGAAACUCAUAUGUAUUACCUUGCACACCGAGAAUCGUGUCCUCCACCGCAGCUACCACCUUUAAUGCAUCAGCAGUACCAACCAAUGUAUUAUUCGUCACAACCGCCACAGUUUGGAAUGCAUCUGUAUGAUAGGCCGACGACGCGUCACCAAGGGCCAUCAAAUUAA